AUGAUGUGUAUUCAUAAUGUGAUACAAAAUUCUCCGAUUUGUGUUGAUUUACCCUACUAUAAAAAGGUUGAUUACAAAUUAGACAUGAUGUCUAUACAGUUAAGGUUAUUCUGUGGAAAAUAUAAAGAAUCUUCUUCAUGUGAUGCCAUGGAUCAAUGCAUGAAUAAGAUAAAUUAUCCACAGUUGUCAACAUUACUUGCUGAACCACAAUUUUGGUGUGCAACAUUAAAGUAUAGUCUGAUGUGUAUUGAUACAUACAAAAGUACGUGUAGUGUUGAAGAUGCCUUGUUCAGAACCAUAAAGAUAACAAUAGAGAAACUUUGCCCUACAGCUGUAGAUGUAUCAGUGGUUGUGUAUGAAGGUAGUUCUGCAGCAACAAUAUACAUAUCUCAUCAACUUAUAUUUAUGACCAUUGCAGUCUUUCUUACUUCAAAAUGCUUUUAA